UUGGCACAGAAACCGAAGAGGGAAAGGGACGCCGGAGCUGUUUUCUCGGCGUCGAUCGGAAGAGUUUGUGGAAGAUCACACCUGAGUAACUCAGGAACUAAAGCUAAACAGGAUCUUGCUGAUGCUACAUGUGCUGCAGAGGAACUCUCUCAUAAGAUACAAGAGAUAAAAUCAAAGGCUGAGCAAACUGAGGAAAUGGUCCAAGACAUAUGCCGUGACAUUAAGAAGUUAGAUUUUGCAAAGAAGAACGUAAGCACGGCGGUCACUGCUCUUCACCGCCUCAAAAUGGUUGUCUCUGCGGUUGAGCAGCUUCAGGUGACGGCGUCAAAAAGGCAAUACAAAGAGGCAGCUGCACAACUUGAGGCUGUAAACGAAUUAUGUAAUCAUUUCGAAGCAUACAGUGAUGUUCCUAAAAUCACAGAGCUCAGAGAAAAGCUCAAGAAUAUUAAGCAAAUUCUUAAGUCCCAUAUUUUUGCUGAUUUUUCCAGUUUAGAUACUGGGACAGAGGCAGAGGAAACAAAUUUGCUGAAGAUGUUAUCUGAUUCUUGCUUCGUCGUUGAUGCUCUGGAGCCAUCUGUGAGGGAAGAGUUGGUAAACAACUUUUGCAGCAGGGAGCUAACCUCAUAUGAACAAAUUUAUGUAAGAGCCGAAUUGACAAAUUUGGAUGAAAUAGAGCGGAUAUACCAUUGGAUAAAUCGUCGUAUCCGAACAAAUCAAGAAAUUUGGAAGAUAUUUCCUGUUUCAUGGCAUUUCUGCAACAAAGCAAGGGAGCAAGUGGAAUCUUUUCUGGUCAACAUGAAAGAGAAGCCAGAUGCAGAGAGAUUGCUUCUGGAACUGGAAAGGACGCUAAAGUUUGAAAUGGAACUUGAAAUGAAAUUUGGUGAAUGGGAAAAUAAACCUCAGAAUGGAUCCAAAAUUCACAUGAAGUAUGUAAAGAAGUUUUAUGCUAAUCAAGAAUCGGGGGCAAAUGAAAAAACCGGAAACAACGAUUUAUCUGAUCCUGGAGCCAAGUUUAACUUCCGUGGAAUUAUAUCUUCUUACUUCGAGCCUCACUUAACUCCAUAUAUUGAGAAGGAACUUAUGCACCUCCUGGAGAAAGUUGUUCAGGAGGAAACAUGGGACUGUAAGGAGGAAACAUACAGUAUGGAGAAGAGUUUGAAACGGUGUAGUGCUCUCACCAAGAACCAGACUUUAUUCAAUUUGUUCAAGGUAUUUCAACGAGUUCUGAAAGCUUACGCUACAAAGAUACAUCUUAAGCUCCCAAAAGAAAGCAUGGACAGACAGAUAAAGGUGGACUCGGAGAGAGAUGAAAGGGUGAUAUGUUACAUAGUUAAUUCUGCUGAGUACUGCCACAAAACAUCUGGUGACCUAGCAGAAGAAAUCUCAACAACUAUUGACCCACAUUUUUCUGGCAGCGUAGACAUGUCAGAGGUCCAGGAUGUUUAUUCAUCUGUCAUAACGAAAGGAUUGUUAACACUAGUCCGUAGACUGGAGACUAAAUUUGACACUAAGAUGGAAGAUAUGACACGUGUUCCCUGGGGCACACUUGAGAGUGUGGGUGACCAUUCUGAGUACGUGGAUGAAAUAAAUACAAUCCUUAACAACAGCAUUCCUGUCGUCGGUAAACUUCUUACACCAGUCUACUUCCAAAUCUUCCUGGACAAGUUGGCUUCAUCCCUUGGACUACGGUUCUAUGCCAAUAUCUGCAGAUGCAAGCCGAUAUCAGAAACUGGAGCUCAGCAGAUGUUGCUUGAUACGCAAGUGAUGGAGAAGAAUUUUCUAGAAGUUGCAUCUGGUCAGACUGCAACUGGUGGGAGCUAUUCCGAAAUUGUGAAGCGCGAAAUGAAAAGAGCUGAAGCUGUCGUUAAGGUCAUACUCUCCCCAAUAGAUCCAGAAGGAAAACCCAUGCAGCUUCGGCGAAUCUUGGAACAUAAGGGUCUUACGAAAGCAGAGCAGCACAGUAUACUUGAUGAUUUCAACAAUCAUGGACUAACAAGAUCCUCAGUUGCAUCGGCAAUGCCACAACCACCUGCACCGUCACUGACGAUAACUAAUCCGGCUGCAGCCGUUGGGUUCAUAGCAAACAGCGAGGGUGUGUUAACCAGAGCAGCUGUUCUUGGUAGAGGAGUUGCAACCACGAGCUUUAGAAAGUUCGUUGCUCUCACUGAAGCAGCCAAAGACCGUCCCCUCAGGAAACUCUUCAAUGCAUGAUUUGUUCCUAUAUUUUGUUCUGUAUGAGCUCAAUUCAAAGCAACCAAAUUAAACGAAAAAAAAAAAAAAAAAAAAAGAGAGGUAAUUUAGAUUACCUCGCGCCAUCCCUCCUCCCAGAGGGCAUGUCAUGCACAAUCCCGAUCACAGAGGCAGAGAAAUUUCUUCUUCUCCUCCAUGGGGUGUACCAAUUAGUGCUCGAACCCGGGUAGAGGGACUCAUUGUUCAUGAUGAGUCGCUACCACUCUUGCUGUGCUCGAAUUGGUGAUAGAAAACCUCUUUUAAUUUUACUUAAAUCGAUAAAACAAAUAACCGGGUUCUCCGGUUCACCUAAAUAAUUCCAUCAAACCAGAAAACGAUUCAAAGGGCGUUAUUGUGUUGUUUGUCUGUCUCUAAUCAUGAAAUUUUUGAAUAUCAAUCUCGUC